ACACAUAAAUCUGCUUGAAACACGUCCAUAUACGAGUUUCACUUUUUCUAAAAUUGACUUACUGAAAUGAAUUCACUUUUCGAUCACACUCCACUUUUAGUGAGAUGCACCUGUACAGAUGAACGAGUCCCUCCGUAUGAAUCGGUGAAGGAUUCGCACGCAGAUCGUUGCAGGCUUGAGCGUCCUAACAAGGAUUCAGUUUCAUCUUGGCUCCAGUCUGAACGCUCCGCCUGCUCUCGCUGAGGAUAUUGACUUUCCCGCAAGUUAAAGUAUUUAAAUGUAGAGUGAGACAGAUGCUGUAUGUGGACUGGAGGCGACCGCGGGAAGAAAAAGAAAAAAGAAAAGAAGAAAAGAAGGAACACGCGUGUGGGUGGAAGACUUGGGGACGCAGGGACUUUACAAUCCGCACGUAUAGAUUGACAGCGGAGGCAACUUUGUUUGCCACAUUUUAAGGAGAUGCGCGCAUCAUCUUUCCUCACAAAUGACCGCACACUCCAGAGGGAAAAAAGCAUCUCUUCCAUGACKCGCAGAAAUCCGUUCGUGAAACUAACCAUCGUCACUCUUCGAGAGCGAUAAAGAGGGAUUAAUUUCUACUUUCAAAAAAACAACAACAAACAAAACAAAACAAAAAAACCGUUUUAUUGUUUGAACAACUGAAUGAGUCAAAGAGGAUUUGAUGGAGGAGCUGGGGUGACAGCGACGCUCUUCACAAGACUUCGCUUUUUGGAUUAGCGUCGCAGCGCCUUUUAAAUCUUCCAGACGUUCCCCUCCUGACUGCGGAGAGGACCUGCGUCGGGACUCCUGACAGUUCUGGAUCUCUUAAUUGUCAUGGGUUUGGCUUUCGGUGCGCAACAAGGAGGUUGAUUCGAACUAAACCGAAGGCACCCAUCUACGGGAAUGCUAUUUCUGAGGGCAUCCAACGCCGAGUCAGCGAAGUAUUCAUGAAGCAAUAUUUGAACUAUUACAGGAUGAGGCUGAGAACAUCGAGGUUAGGUUAUCUGUUUCUCCAGUUCGCGGCGCUUUGCUUUUACGCACAGGACACUGUGCAGUCGUCUCCUAAUUUCAAGCAGCACGUCACCGAACAGAGCCGGCUGUCGGACCGCAUGAGCCGCAGACUGACCCGAACCUACCAGCUGUACAGCCGAACCAGUGGGAAGCACGUCCAGGUCCUGGCCAACAAGCGGGUCAAUGCUAACGGGGACGACGGCGCGGUGCACGCUAAGCUGGAAGUGGAGACGGAUUCCUUUGGGAGUCGCGUUCGGAUCAAAGGGGUGAAGACGGGAUACUACAUAUGCAUGAACAAGAGAGGGAAGCUGAUUGGCAAGCGAAAAGGACGAGGCAAGGACUGCAUCUUCACCGAGAUCGUCCUGGAGAAUAACUACACAGCCCUGCAGAACGCCAAGUACGAGGGCUGGUACAUGGCCUUCACGCGCAAGGGCCGCCCGAGGAAGGCCUCGAAGACCAAGCAGCACCAGAGGGAGGCCCACUUCAUGAAGCGUCUACCGAGGGGCCACUUGCUGAGCGACAGGAGGCCGUUUGACGUCCUCCCUCUGCCCGUCCCCGUGCAGCCUCUCAGCAGGCGGACUAAACAUUCCCAUCACCAGCGCUCUGGGGGACGCUGAGGACCGAAACCACUGAAGAGGAACAACACAGAAGAACCACUUCAAGAGAAAGCAUAGUGUGAACUCAAGUGCCCAGAUACUUUUUUUUUUUUUUUAUUUGCCUCAUUUCUGGACUUCUUACGUACUUCUUGGUUACUGGGUUUUAUGUAAACUAUCUAAUCUGCUAGUUAUUUACAGACUGUAGCGAGAUUUCCCCCCUAUCUUUGGCUAUUAAAUCAGGGCAUUUUACGAACUGGAGAGCUCAAAAAAAAAAAAAAAAAGAAAUCUCAUAAAGGGUUAGACGUUAGCCAGCUCAGCGUUGAAAAGAAUGUUAAAAAGUGAAGCUAGACGUGGCAGCUAUCUGUGGUUACAGCGUCUCUCAGUCGACGUGCUCUCUCUGAGAAUUUUGUAACCCGUUUUGUUUUUCUACGUAUACGGAUAUAUUUUUACUGUAAAAAUGUAAAUUACAUCAAAUGAUGGAUAUAUUUAUUGUAGAGUGUAUAUUAAAACCACUAAAGAGUUUCGUAAGCUGCUUGUGUGCUCUCUUGUGGUUGUUUUCCAAACUAGAAGCUAGCAUACCAACCAGCCCCCUCCACGCCCCCAAAAAGGAAAAAAAGUUUUGUUUUUUUUUGUUUUUUUUCUUCGUCUUCUUCAAGCUGAAAACCUAGAUAACUGAGGGGCAAUAUCUGUGACAGGCUACUGAAUUCAAUGUGCUCAGCAAGUGAGACUUGGGCCUGAAUGGUCUGAGCUAUGCAUUAAAAGCGAUGAGGUCAGCCCACCAUUUUGGCUCAAACAAAGGUUACCACCAUGUAGUUGCAUUUCUCACGAUCGCACACCGUAACCCUCUGAUCAAAUGGGCCCUUUGUGGGACCUCAUAUAAAAGGGCAUGUUAUACAAUAGUGGGUUCGAAUAAUAACACGAGGAGGGGUCAGUUAUCAAAAAGAAGCCAGUCACACAGGGGGAGGGGUGGUGGAGAGGAAGCUGAGGGGAGGCAGGGGAGGAGGGGGGGGAAGCACCAGGGCCUGUGUGGCAAAAUGUGGCAUCAACUGAAAGAGGGGGAAUGGCUGGGAAGAGGCAUUCGGGAAUGAAAGGGAGGCAAGAAAGAAACCCUCUUCCCAGAAGCAGUUGAGCAUGACCGUCAAAGGCCAAAUGACAGGGGAGAGGAAGACCCUAAACAGAGGAGUUGGGCUUCUCUCACCAAGCAUGAGCUGGAUGUCAAAUUCGUUAAGUUUGUGCCUCCUGGUGCAGGACCAUGGACUUUUUUCCCCACUUUCUGUCUACUUACAACCACAAACUAUAACCUAUUUAAGUGGUAUUCUGUGUGGCAGACUAUUUAUUUCAACUCAAUAUUAAAAAAAAAAAAAA